AUGCAAUGCUCAACUAGCUAACUGUAGUGUGUACCGCUUUGAAAAGGAACCAAAGGCAAGAACAGACUUCGAUUUCGUCCACCAGCUGAAUUAAGUUCAUUAAGACUGUCUGUUGAAAGAAAAUAACAUCGGCCAAUAUGACGAGAGCAAUUAUCCCUGUGGUACUCGUAUUACUAGUGUUUGCUGUGGAGAGGAUAACAGCCGAAAUGGUCACAUGUUAUCAAUGUGAACAGGUGGACAACCCAGUGGGUACAGAAUGCUGGAACGCUUCAGAGACCCUCCCUACUGUGGAAUGUGAACACUCGUGCUUUACAUCUAUGUUCCAAUCUGGAGGAAACCAUCUCGAUAACUACUGGAACGUGAAGCGAGGCUGUGAAUCUGGGUGCAGUGGCUCAAGCAAUUGUCUCAGUCAGCAUUAUGGUGCCUGCAAGUACUGUUGUUCCAGUAACCUCUGCAACAAUAUCGUGAGUUCUCCAGCCGUCAACGUCAGGAUAAGUUUGCCUUUAUUAGUAACUAGUGCACUCGGUCUUUUAGUGUGGCUCUGAAGCCAGGAAUUAAGAACUUUGUAUGCUUACGGUAUUUAAUUAGGGGAGAAAGGGAAUUUUAAUAUUUCACCCAUGAUAUUCCUCUUUUCACCUUUUAGGAGAGUUUUCAAGAAGUGUACAUGUAUUCCCACAGGCUCUAGAGUAUCCAAGACUGCUUGUACAUUCUUAUCUGCAAUAGCAAGAUGUGCUAUGGAAAGUUAUUUUGCCAUUGCCUAUGAGAAGUGGGUAGUUCUUGGUUCUUGCAUGAAGCCUCUAGGAAUGAGAGAAUACCGUAAUUGAUGGUUAAGUCUGCUUAGAACCAUUCCGAGGAGUAUGCAAAAAACAUCUUCUUCCAUGUAACCUACAUGUAUAGCUUAUUAGUCGAGCGAACCAUAUUUUAUUGAUUAAGCCCCUCUGCAUUAGUUUGGCAUGGAGGGAUUAACCUCCCUGCAAGGUCACUGGCAGGUGGUUGUCUCAUCAAGUCAGCUCUCAAUUAACAUAAGAAAAGGGGCAUCAUGGGGAUCAACAUGUACCGCUUGGGCAUUGUUGGCUGUAUAGAGGGCGCUAGUAGCUAUAAGGAGUGCAGUGGGGCUUUAAAACUUUUGUAGAUAUACAAUCCAUCCAUUGUCUUGUCAAUUUUCAGUAGAAUAAAUUACAUGAUAGGAUAUUUCAAUGUGACUGUUCAUAAAAAAAAAAUAUGCAUAACAGCCUUAGACUCUGAUCCAAAUGUAAUGAGCAGUACUCCUAAUGGCAAAACAAGAUUUUUAGUCUAGAUAAAGACAGAUUUUUACUACAAUAUUGUCAGCCAAAUUAUGAAAGUAUAGAGGAAUUUUGUAGACUUUCCCAUUCUGUGCCAUUACUAUAUGUGCCAUUUUUUUAAUAGACACAGCUAGAUAGCUAAAUGACAUGUAGUCCCAUCUAAACACAAGUCACAGUUUUUGGCUUUUAGCAUUCUUGCAUUCGAAAAUAUUUUUUGAGUAGUAUCUUGGGUAUUAAUUUCUCAUUUACUAUCAGAGGUGAAUCCUCUCUGAAAGACACGUUUUGAAGAGUUAUUCAAAUUUAUAGACAAUUUCUGCUCUGUUUUUUAGUGAUGCACUUGUGACCUUUUCAACGUAUUGUAGUCAAGGCAUGAAAUAAACUUUCGUGCAGGUCACACAUUAUAGUAGUUAAGCCUGAGGCUGUAUAUUUGUUCAGUAGUUAGUUUUUGAUGAAAGCUUGGAAUUUGAUUUAUCUUGAAAGUCUUUCAUAGUGUCUAAUAUUGUCAUUUUCAUCAUAAUGGGGGUGUUCAGAGUUUGUUUUAAAGUGCAAAGUUGCAAAAUCAUAGUUCUUGUAUGAGCUCCUCAAAAAAAGAAGAGUUCAUGCCACAGUCAGCAUCUAAACCACUGGAGUAGGACAUCAACACAUUCAUAUUAUUGACUCGAGUGGCUUCUUUUGAAAUUGAUGUUGGUUGCAAUCUAGGUAAAUGUCAAUAAAUAUUGUCAUGGCAAGAAUCAGUGCAAAUGGUAUAAAGGAAAUUCACUUCUUUCUCUUACAUUCAAUGUGUGAGAAAAACAAACUAUAAACUAAACAUUUAGAAUUCAUAAACUUCAAAAUUAAUAUCAACAGUGCAGAGAUUGCUCAUGAAGAUUUGACCCACUUUUUGAUGGAUGGAUAGAUCAUGUUUCUGAUUUUUUUUCUUGUGACAUAUAAUGUACUGUACAUGUGCACUGUACAUACAAAUCACUUUGAUUGGAAACAUGUUUCAAUCACCUUGUUAAUUUGCCUACAUAUACUAAUCCAUUUUUGAUUUAUAUUAAUGUUUCUUGAUGCCUGUACAUGUCCAUGUAUCCUCUGUUUGUACAGAUUAUUUGAUACUUCACCUGAAAUUUUCAACUCUGAAAAGACAGUUGUAGAACUAUUGUGAUUUUUCUACUUUUUUUGUCCAAAUUUCCUGUCUUCCUGAUUAUUACCCAUCUACCUCACCUUCUCAAAAUAAAAGAGAAGGGUGGAGGAGAGAAGGAAGGAAUCUUUUUAUUGUCACAAAAUUUAACUCUGAAAUAUAAUAAAUGAAAUAUAAAAAUGUUCUGCCAUUGGCAGUAAAACAGGAUUGUAUUCACUCAGAACCCCAAUUUUUCAAUAAAAACAAAAGCAAUAAAAAUGCCGAAAUGAAAUAAAGCAAACACCCGGUCGUCUAAAAUGUAACAUUUUGAAGCUUUUUUAAGAGCAAUUCUUUUGGUGUUAUGCUUAAACAAUAAAGCAACAUUGAUAUGUAUAUGACACUUUUAAGAUUUAUGAAAUGUGUGGAUUCAGUGAAAUAUUAAUCAUUUUUUGUGUGGAUUUGGUGUACCAUACUUCCAGGGUGAAUGGAAUGGGUUGUUAACACUAUAUAAAUGUAUUAUUAUAAUUAUUAAGGGUCACAUAGAUGAUAAGUGUAUGUACUUUUAUUUGUUUAAAGUUCAGUUGUUGACUUGCUGUUUUCAAGAAAUCAUGAUUUUUAUUUGAUAAAUUGUGUUCGGUAAAACUCAUCUUGGUACAUGUAAUAGUCCACUAGUAAUAUUACUAUCAAGUUUAAACUUUGUAAGUUUGUUUUGUUUAUUUUAUCUAACCUUAGAAGCACAGUGAAAUAGGGUUUAAAAGCAAUCUGUUUUGCACCUUGAAGGCUUGAAAUAAGUCAAUCAUGUGUAAUGAUAGGUCAAAGUGUGCUGAAAUGUUUGUUGCUCAUGUUUCUAAAUGCUAUACUAUGUACAUGUACAUGUAUUCCUCAAUGUUUAUCAUACAGCUCCUCAACAAAUUAGAGAAAAUCAUUUUGGUAGGCUGAAAAAACUGAGCAGUCCCUUUGUAUACAACGUACAUGUAGUUGUUAUAGUACAUUUAGUGCCUUACUAUUUACGAUGUAUUUUGGAAAAGACACGAUUGAAGUUCUUGUAUUAAGACAAUUUUUGACGAAAACAUGUAUUUGUUCUGAAUAUGGUAGAUAAAGGCAAAAAGCUGAAUGUCACAAAAGACUUGCAAUGAAUAGCCAACGAUAUUAAGUGACAGGAACAUGAAUUCUGAAGCAUACAACUAUCAAUAUUGAUAUGAAAUUGAUUUGCAACACAUUUAAGUGCGGCAGUAGGGUAAAUACUAAGUAAACAAAUAUACCUGUAAUAUUUUUUCUUGUCGCUACAUUUGUACAUUUGUUUGUUCAGUACUUUAAACAUUAUUGUGGAUAGACUUCUGAAUUUUGUCAGUUAUAAUAUAAUAUAAAUGUUUUUUGUUUUGUAGUUUAAGAAAAAUUAAUCAUAUUGCUCACAAACAUACCUAAAAAAUUAAAAAUCACAUUGCAGAAUUCUAAUAAUGAUUUCAGUGACAAAUGUUACUUCAGUGUACAUAGUACAUACAUGUACAAUAUGCAGUUCACAUAUUUCAUGAAAAGGGAACAGCAAAUAUGUACAUGUAUAGACUGUGAAUUGGUCUUAACUUGAAGGAUUUAAAUAAUUUUACCUCCUAUGUCGUCUUCAUUAUUUAUUGAUUUUGCUUUAAUUAGGCGUCGGUGCUUUGCAGUGUACUAAUUUAUACCUUAUAUACAGUGUACAUAGGUUAGACCUACAAGUUCAUGUAUGUUUGAUUUUUCUUCCUGAGGUAUAAUUUGUCAUCAUGCAUUCUGGAAAAGCUUCGACCGUUAAAUUGGCCUACUAAUAAAACCAUUCAACCAUUUACAAAAGAAAUGCCUGUAUUCAUAGUUCAUAUGAAUGAUAGGCUUUGGGAUUGAAACGCAAACAUGACGUCAGGAACUGGUUUAAACCACUAUUGAUUCAGCUGUACUAGUGAGGCUUUGGUUGACAACAUGACAUUUUCAUCAAUAAUUUCAUGGUAAUGGAUAAUUUGCACUGGCUAUAGUCACUAGUACAAUUCCAUUUAAUUUGUUAACAGUUUAGGACUGGUCUUUGUGGUAUUAAAGACCAUUGUUAAAGAAACUGUCUAGCUUAUAGCAUAUUUUGA